CCAGGGACCAUGCACGAGGGACACUAGCUGGACGGGUUUGGCUCCAUCAGUCUUCAGGAUUUCGGCAAGCGCGUCGGCUAAAGCAUUAUUUAAGAGAUGGAGGUAUCUACAAACUGCACGGGUGACUUACAUUGCAACCGUCUUAGUGCAACAUGUUGUCCAGACCUUUGUUCCUAUCGUCCCUCCUAGUCUCAGCCAAGGUUGCGAGUGCAGCCUUUGGUAUUACGACCAGUGAUGAUUCCUAUGUCAUAAAUGCCAAUUCUCCGAACCCGCUGCAGUUUACUGUGGACCGCGGAAGCUGCGAUAUUACUUCUAUCGUAUAUUAUGGCUCGGAACUGCAGUAUCAAAGCACGGGCAGCCAUAUCGGCUCUGGUCUAGGAACUGCGACAGUUUCUGCCACUCAGGAUGGGGACUAUAUCAAGGUGACCUGUGAAACGGACACCUUGACGCAGUAUAUGGUGGUCCACAACGGGGACCCUAUCAUACACAUGGCAACCUACAUCACAGCGGAACCAUCCAUCGGCGAACUGAGGUUCAUUGCUCGGCUCAACUCAGACUUGCUGCCCAACGAGGAGCCAUUCGGGGAUGUCUCGAACACUUCUGGUGGCGAGGCGAUUGAGGGCUCUGACGUGUUCCUGGUGGAUGGGGAGACUCGUAGCAAGUUCUACUCCAGCCAGCGCUUCAUCGACGAUCAACGGCACUGCGUUGCGGGCGAUGCGCACCGCGUCUGCAUGAUUUUGAAUCAGUAUGAAAGCUCUUCUGGUGGCCCGUUCCACAGGGACAUCAACUCCAACAACGGGGGCAGCUACAACGCCCUCUACUGGUACAUGAACUCGGGCCAUGUUCAAACCGAGUCUUACCGCAUGGGUCUUCACGGACCCUAUUCGAUGUACUUCAGCCGCAGCGGUACCCCCAGCACCGACAUUGACACCUCGUUCUUCGCGGAUCUCGACAUCCAGGGCUACGUGGCCGAGUCAGGCAGGGGGACUGUUUCCGGGACAGCAUCUGGUGCGGAUUCGAGCUUUGACUGGGUUGUCCAUUGGUACAAUGAUGAUGCCCAGUACUGGACAUACACCUCUUCCGACGGCAGCUUCACAUCUCCCGCCAUGAAACCCGGAACCUACACCAUGGUCUACUACCAAGGCGAAUACGUUGUCGCUACCAGCUCCGUCACCGUCACCGCAGGCUCAAGCACCACCAAGAACAUUUCCGGAUCAGUCAAAACAGGAACCACCAUUUUCAAAAUCGGCGACUGGGACGGACAACCCACCGGCUUCCGCAACGCCGCCAACCAGCUCCGAAUGCACCCCUCCGACUCCCGAAUGUCAUCCUGGGGCCCCCUCACCUACACCGUGGGCAGUUCCUCCUUGACCGACUUCCCCAUGGCGAUCUUCAAGGACGACAAUAACCCAGUCACGAUCAAAUUCACCGCAACGUCAUCCCAAACUGGCGCCGCCACACUCCGUAUCGGAACCACUCUAUCCUUCGCGGGAGGUCGCCCUCAGGCUACGAUCAACUCCUACCAAGGAUCCGCUCCAUCCGCACCCACGAACCUGAACUCUCGUGGCGUUACUCGCGGCGCAUACCGAGGCUACGGGGAGGUCUAUGACGUGUCUAUCCCUUCCGGAACGAUCGUGGAGGGCACGAACACGAUCACGAUCGACGUCAUCUCCGGUAGUUCAGGGGAUGAGUUCCUGAGCCCGAAUUUCAUCUUUGAUUGCGUGGAGCUCUUCCAGUGAGAAUCGUAGUAUCAGAGUUUGAAGUAGUUGUCUAGGGGGUUGUUGGUUCUAUAGCAUCUUCUAAGUAAUAUUACCGGCAACGCCUUGAGUAACUAUCCUAUCUAAUCACUGUGACCUAGUCCGUAUAAUGAAGAAUCUAAUCUAUCCCAUGAAGUAACCGGUAUCACUCCUAUAAACCCAACCCAAUCCUAAGUCUACCCUAAUUCCUCCCUCUCACCCGC